GAGCCGGGCCGGCCGAGCGGCGGGGAGGCCAGGCCCUCGUCACCUGUUGGGGCCUCCCCCGGGGCGGAGCGCGGCCCCCAGUCCUCGGGGACCCGCCGGGCGGUUGGACGAGGGGACAGACCGCGGGCCGGGGAGGGGGACGCGGAGGCCCGGCGCUGGAAUGCAGUUUUCCCGGGCGAGGGAGACUUUGCACCGGAGUGGAAACUAGUUCGGGGUGGGGUUUCGCCCCGUCCCCUCCUCCCAGGCCCCGGGCCCCCUCCCAGGCGCUUGCUGGGAGCUUUUAGGAGCUGCGCUCGGAACUUCCCCGGCAGCGGGGAGCUCGCGCCGCCGAGACAAUGGAAGAAAACGAAAGCCAGAAACGUGAGCCGAGCCUUGCUCGCCCGGCAGACAGCGGACAGUUGCAGGAACAAGGAAAAAGCAAUCUGCAUGUAACGUCGUUAGAAGAUGCAGAAUGCCGCAGAACCAAGGACCGCCUUUCUAAUGGGAACAGCCGCGUUUCGGUUUCCAAGUCCUCCCGCAAUAUCCCAAGGAGACACACCCUAGGUGGGCCCCGAAGUUCCAGAGAAAUACUGGGAAUGCAAACAUCUGAGAUGGAUAGGAAGAGAGAAGCAUUCCUGGAACAUCUGAAGCAGAAAUACCCCCACCAUGCCUCAGCAAUCAUGGGCCACCAGGAGAGGCUGAGAGACCAGACAAGAAGCCCCAAACUGUCUCACAGUCCUCAACCUCCCGACCCGAUCGAGCAUUUAUCAGAGACGUCCGGUGAUUCUCUGGAAGCCAUGUCUGAGGGGGACGCUCCAAGCCCUUUUUCCAGAGGCAGCCGGACCCGAGCGAGCCUUCCCGUGGUGAGGUCGACCAACCAGACGAAAGAAAGAUCUCUGGGGGUUCUCUAUCUCCAGUAUGGAGAUGAAACCAAGCAGCUCAGGAUGCCGAAUGAAAUCACAAGCGCAGACACAAUCCGUGCUCUCUUCGUAAGUGCCUUUCCGCAGCAGCUCACCAUGAAAAUGCUGGAGUCACCCAGUGUCGCCAUUUACAUCAAAGAUGAAAGCAGAAAUGUCUAUUAUGAGUUAAAUGAUGUAAGGAACAUUCAAGACAGAUCGCUCCUCAAAGUGUACAACAAAGACCCCGCCCAUGCGUUUAAUCACACACCAAAAACUGUGAAUGGAGACAUGAGGAUGCAGAGAGAAAUUGCGUAUGCGAGAGGAGACGGCCUGGGCGCCUCCCGGCCUGGACCCACAGCCCACCCACCCCACGGGAUCCCCAACUCCCCGCCGCCCACUCCCGUCCCGCAUUCCAUGCCGCCCUCCCCAUCCAGAAUUCCUUACGGGGCCACCCGCCCCGUGGUCGUGCCCGGCAAUGCCACCAUCCCCAGGGACAGACUCUCCAGCCUCCCGGUCUCCAGACCCAUCUCGCCAAGCCCGAGCGCCAUUCUGGAAAGGAGGGACGUCAAGCCCGACGAAGACCUGGGCGGCAAGAACAUCGCGAUGUACAGGAACGAGGGUUUCUACGCCGAUCCGUACCUUUAUCACGAGGGCCGCAUGAGCAUAGCCUCGUCCCACGGCGGGCACCCGCUGGACGUCCCCGACCACAUCAUCGCGUACCACCGCACGGCCAUCCGCUCCGCCAGCGCUUACUGCAACCCGUCUUUGCAAGCGGAGAUGCACAUGGAGCAGUCGCUGUACAGACAGAAGUCCAGGAAGUAUCCAGACAGCCACUUGCCGACGCUGGGCUCCAAAACGCCGCCCGCCUCGCCGCACCGGGUCGGUGACCUGCGAAUGAUAGACGUGCACGCUCACUAUAACGCCCACGGGCCCGCUCACACCCUGCAGCCGGACCGGGCCUCGCCGAGCCGCCAGUCCUUUAAGAAGGAGCCGGGCACCUUGGUGUACAUAGAAAAACCGCGGAACGCCCCGGGAUUACCCGGCAUCGUGGACCUUGGCCCUCCUCUAGUGGAGAAGCAAGUUUUUGCUUACAGCACUGCUACGAUCCCCAAAGACAGAGAGACCAGUGAGAAAAUGAUGAAAACCACAGCCAGGAACCACGCAGAUGGUGCAGGAACUCCCCACGUGUCUGGUGGGAAGACCCUCGGCGCCCUGGAGGCCACAGUGCCACCCAGCCAGCCCCCGUCUGCAGGCACCUCCACCAUCCACGCGAGCCUGCUGGACAUGCGGCGGAGCGUGGCUGAACUCAGGCUCCAGCUGCAGCAGAUGCGGCAGCUCCAGCUGCAGAACCAGGAGCUGCUAAGGGCCAUGAUGAAGAAGGCGGAGCUGGAGAUCAGUGGCAAGGCGAUGGAAACCGUGAAGCGGCUGGAGGAUCCCGUGCAACGCCAGCGCGUCCUGGUGGAGCAAGAGAGACAGAAGUACCUUCACGAGGAAGAGAAGAUCGUCAAGAAGCUGGGGGAGUUGGAAGACUUCGUCGAAGACUUGAAGAAGGACUCCACGUCAGCUGUCCGGGUGGUGACUCUGAAAGACGUGGAGGACGGGGCUUUCCUCCUGCGACAAGUGGGAGAAGCCGUAGCUACCCUGAAAGGAGAAUUUCCAACCUUACAAAACAAGAUGCGGGCCAUCCUGCGCAUCGAGGUGGAGGCCGUGCGCUUUCUGAAGGAGGAGCCGCACAAGCUGGACAGUCUCCUGAAGCGCGUGCGUGGCAUGACCGACGUCCUGACCAUGCUGCGGAGACAUGUCACCGACGGACUCCUGAAAGGCGCAGACGCAGCCCAAGCCGCACAGUAUGUUGCUAUGGAAAAGGCCAUGGCUGCACAAGUCCUGAAGAACCAGGAGGAGGCAGCCCACACCUCCGGCCACCCCCUCCACGGCACAGGCGUCCCUGGCGACGUGAAGUCGGAAGUGGUCUCCGUGUCCGGCAUGACAGUCCACCACGCGCAGAGCUCUCCGGUGGUCAUCCAGCCCUCCCAGCACUCCUUGGCCCUGCCGAACCCUGCCCAGAACUUGCCUCGCACAGCCAGCCCCCCAGCCAGCACCCAGGAAGCGGCCUCCACACUGCACUCGGCCCAGGCUCCGCAGUCCCCACAGACACCCAUGAACGGGUCCACCAUGCAGAGCUUGUUCAUCGAGGAAAUCCACGGUGUGGGUGCCAAGAACAGGGCAGUGUCUAUUGAGAAAGCAGAAAGGAAAUGGGAAGAAAAAAGACAAAACCUGGACCAUUAUAACGGGAAAGAGUUUGAGAAGCUCCUAGAAGAAGCUCAGGCCAAUAUCAUGAAGUCAAUUCCAAACCUGGAGAUGCCGUCCACCGCGGGCCCGCUGCCGAAGGGAGAGGCUCCGGUGGACAGGCCAGAACUGUCAGAAGACUCUUCAAAUUCAGAACAGGACGUGGACAAGCUGGGGGGAAAGUCACCCCCCCCUCCUCCCCCACCCCCUCGGCGAAGCUACCUGCCAGGAUCGGGGCUCACCACCACGAGGUCGGGCGAUGUGGUCUACACCGGCAGGAAGGAGACCACCACCACUAAGGCAAGCAGUGGCGAUGCCGGACCAAGCCCACAGACCAGAGCCACCAAAUGUCCGCCAGAGGAGCCUGCUUCAGCCUGGACUCCGUCCCCACCGCCUGUCACCACCUCCUCAAAGAACGAGGAGGAGGAGGAGGAAGAAGGAGAGAAAAUAAUGGCAGAACUCCAGGCAUUCCAGAAGUGUUCCUUUAUGGAUGUAAAUUCAAACAGUCACGCUGAGCAGUCCCGGGCUGACAGUCACCUUAAAGACACUAGGCUGGGCACCACAGUCCCACCCAAGGAGAAGAAGGGCAUUUUUGGAAGUUGGCGAACAAAGCAAUCCAAGAAUUUGGAAUUUUUCCAUGAAGAUGUACGGAAAUCUGAUGUUGCGUAUGAAAAUGGCAAUCCCCAAAUGGAAUCCCGAAAGGUUCCCGCAGGGACUCUAAGACCUAGUGACCCUACUAACUGGGAAAGAAGAAUGGAAAAUAGUAUUUCUGAUGCAUCGAGAACAUCAGAAUACAACACUGACACUGUAAUGAAGGAAAAUUCCGUAUCCAAUAUGAGUUUACUCAGAGACAGUAAAAACUAUUCCCAGAAAAAUGUGCCUAAGGUUAAUUUCAGUUUCUCUGGCGUUAGCUCACUGGAAGAUGAAAGAAACAAAGGGCCUAAAGUCUCAGGACUGCAGUACCCCAUACCCAGCACUGAGAAUCCGAAGUUGAAUUAUGGAAAGACCAAGGAGACGGAGCUGCAAGGACACAAAGAUACGGACAAGUGUCAUGUUCCCUCUCCUGCUAGAUCAACGGAAUCGAGUGUUCGUGAUGUUAAAACACAAGAUCAGGAGGUUCCGGCGACAGAUUUGAGCCAAGUGGUUCUGAGACCCAAGGGGGCUAGGCAUGCCAGUGUGAACCCUAAUGAGGACGGAGAGUCAAGUCCAAGUUCUCCCACUGAAGAAAGCGCAGCCAGCGACAACAUCGCCUUCAUGAUCACCAAGACGGCCGUCCAGGUCCUCUCCAGUGGGGAGGUCCACGACAUCGUGAGCCGGAAGGGAGAAGACGUACAGACAGUAAACAUUGAUGCCAAAAAGGAGGGGACCUCCCAGCAAGAAGGGCCUGAAAACGAAGAGCCGGUUGUGUGCCUCGACAAGAAACCAGUGAUCAUCAUCUUUGACGAGCCCAUGGACAUCCGGUCUGCGUAUAAGAGACUUUCCACCAUAUUUGAGGAAUGUGAUGAGGAGUUGGAGAGAAUGAUGACAGAGGACAAGAUAGAGGAGGAAGAAGAGGAGGACAGUGGAGACCCCGGAGUCCUGAAUAACACUUCCCACGUGUCUCCUAAGAAGGCUGCCUCGGACAGUCCUAGCACAGGACAGCAGGCGGAAACAAAAUCACAGCCACACUGGCUGAUGGCAGACACCAGAAGCCCAGGGGGACAGGAAACGCAUAAAGCCGAUCCGGGCAAGUGGAGCCCCGCAGAUUCUCCAAACUCAGACGGCAAGGGUGAUGACCUGACCGAUGACCAGUUUGAAAGCCCCAAGAAAAAGUUUAAAUUCAAAUUCCCUAAAAAGCAACUCGCUGCUCUCACUCAGGCUAUUCGCACGGGAACCAAAACGGGGAAGAAGACGUUGCAGGUGGUGGUCUACGAAGAGGAGGAAGAGGAUGGUACUUUGAAGCAGCACAAAGAGGCCAAGCGCUUUGAAAUCACGAGGUCUCAGCCCGACGACGCCCCGAAGAGCAUGGGCAGGAGACAGGAGCAGCCCAUUCUGGAGGGCUCCUCUCCGAUCUCAAGAACUGAUGAAAUUAGAAAAAACACCUAUAGAACCUUGGACAGCCUGGAGCAGACCAUUAAGCAGCUCGAGAACACCAUCAGUGAAAUGAGCCCCAAAGCCCUCGCUGAGACCUCGUGUUCCUCCAACAGAGAUUCUCUUGCAAACUCCUCCCUCGUGGCCCCAGAGGCCUCUCCCCGACCCUUGCUAGUUCCGGAUGAAGCCCCCACUGUCCUAGAGCCCCCCACGUCAGUACCUGCAGCUUCACGUAAGGGCUCCAGCGGGACCCCACAGACGACCAGCAGGAUGCCCGUCCCCAUGAGCGCCAAGAACAGACCUGGGAGCCUGGACAAAGCCAGCAAGCCGUCCAAACUGCAGGAUCCCCGCCAAUAUCGUCAGGCUAAUGGAACUGCUAAGAAAGCUGGUGGGGAAUAUAAACCUACUUCCCCCUCCUUACCUGCUUCUAAGAUUCCAGCCCUUUCUCCCAGCUCUGGGAAAAGCAGCUCUCUGCCCUCUUCUAGUGGUGACAGCCCUAACCUCCCUAAUCCACCUGCUACUAAAACAGCAAUUCCUUCUAACCCUCUCAGCUCCCAAACAGGACGGCCCGCUCACUCUGCCUCCCUCAUCCCUUCUGUUUCUAAUGGCUCCUUAAAGUUUCAGAGCCCCACUCACACAGGGAAAGGUCACCAUCUUUCAUGCUCACUGCAGACUCAAAACGGCCGAGCAGUCCCUCCUUCCUCCUCCUCCUCCUCGCCCCCCUCCCCUGCCUCCCCCACCUCAGUGAGCCAAGGUGCCAAGGGCGUCAGAACCAUCCCUCCUCCUAGCUUCACCAGCUACAAGGCACAGAACGGAAGUUCAAGCAAAGCCACCCCAUCCACUGCAAAGGAAACCUCUUAAAGGCCAAAUCCUAUUAGGCACAAGUUGGAGUUACAUUAAAAAACAAACAAACAAACAACAACAAAUUUAACGGUCUGCAAUAACUGUUUUCACAAGAGAAUGUAACAUAUUGCUGUGUUGUUUGAGACUUAAUGCUAAGUAUGUGCUAAGUACUGGAUGAAUAGAUUUCAGUAAAGCUCGUUUGUUUUGUUUUUUUUUUUUACUUUGUUGCUGUUGUAACUACAUAGUGUUUACUGUCUAUAUUCAAUAUCUAGUACAAUGCAGUAAGUUUGUGUUACAAAAAGAGAGUGUGGUGAGAGAAACGGGUGUGUGAGAGACGGGAAAAUUGUAUUAAGCAUGUAAAACAUGUACGAUUCCAGAAUUUUAGUAUGUUUUGUAUAAAAAUAUUUUUCAUUACGGAGACUAGAAGUGAACAGAGAAAUACACAAGUGUGACUAUACAAAUUGUAAAACAGAUACUAUAAUAUUUCCUUUUAUUUUAGUGUUAUUUAGCUUUAUUACAGAUUUCUAUUUUUGUCAAAACUUCAUGGUUCCUUUCCAAAUCUUUUUUGCCAAAACAUUUUGAUACUAUAGCAUUGUACAUUUGAAAGUAGUGUGCUAGACUCUAAGCCAAUGAACUUCUACACAGGCCAACAGGGGGUGUAUGUAGAAGGCAAUUUAUCAAAUCUAUUGCACUGCCAUGAAAAGUAUGUAUAAUAAUUUGCUCGCCCAAGCAAGCUCAUUUUCUUUGCUUGCUUUUUUUCUUUCUUCCUUCCUUUCCUUCUUUCUUUUUUUUUUUUUUUUCUUUUUCUUAACAUAUCGAGGUUCUCAAGUUGUUUUCUUUACAGUAUCUAACCCCUUCCUUUGUUUUCUGAGACCUGGUAACCCACGUUAUUGCAUUGUGGAUUUUAAAAUGUACACUUCUGUACGGUUCUGUAAACUGAUAAACUUUGUAAAUAUAUAAAUACAAAUAGACAUUAAAAUACUGUAUGUGACAGCACAUAGAGUAGUUUUCCCACACCAAAGUUAAUUUUUACGCAUGCUUUAAAAGUAUAUAUUGGGAUGGGCAGAUAGGGUACGGACUAUCCACACAUUUUUAAAAAGCCACAAGUUUGCACAGCUAGAGUGUUUUUGUAAAUAAAUGUAUUUGUAUAACACAGUCAUGUAAUAUACAGAACUAUAAGCAGAGACUUUGCAAAACUAAAAAUAAAAUAAAGGGCUGCAUGCUUCUUAUUUUUUGUACCUUGUCACUAUAACCACUUCCUAGUCAAAAGAAUAAAAUGUAACUGUUACCAAGUUCAAUGUUUUUGGCUUUGAGGGAUGUAACCACAUCCACUCAGACAAACGCUACUUUCCUGAAAGCUCUGGGGUGACUAAUGAUGAGUUGCUAAUAAAUUAAUUGCAAGUGUGGUG